AAAAAUGGCUAGUUAAGAUUUUGAUGUGUUUAGGGCGUGCUACCCGACCAUCAAGAAAUAGCUGUGAAGAGGUUGUCUCUGACUUCAAGACAAGGACUUCAAGAAUGAAGUACGACUAGUCUCCAAACUCCAACACAAAAAUCUAGCAAGACUGUUUGGCUGUUGUAUUCAUGGAGAUGAGAAGAUGUUGGUCUAUGAGUACUUACCAAACCGAAGUCUCGACUUCUUCAUCUUUGAUAAAACAAAAGGGUUGCAAUUGGACUGGAUGAGACGAUUUGAAAUCAUCAUUGGCAUUGCUCGAGGUCUUUUAUAUCUACACCAAGAUUCAAGGCUGAAAAUCAUUCAUAGGGAUCUAAAAGCAAGCAAUGUUCUACUAGACGCUGCAAUGAACCCUAAAAUUUCAGAUUUUGGGUUGGCCAAGUUAUUCGGAGAGGAUCAAACAGAGGGCAAUACAUACAGAGUCGUCGGAACCUACGGCUACAUGUCACCAGAGUAUGCAAUGGAAGGUCUUUAUUCAACGAAAUCAGAUACUUUCAGCUUUGGGGUUUUGUCACUCGAGAUCAUGAGUGGCAAGCGGAGUAACCAAUGUCACCAAAAAAGUCCAUCAAUAAGCUUGAUUGCUCAUGUGUGGGAGUUGUGGAAAGAAGGAAGAGCAUUGGACAUAGUGGAUUCAUCAACAAUGGGAGGACUAGACAGUGGGGAUGAAGUUAUGAUGAGGUGCAUUCAAAUCGGUCUUUUAUGCGUCCAAGAAUCUCUCGAUGAUCGACCUACCAUGUCAAAUGUCAUCUUCAUGUUGGAGAAUGCAACCACCCUUCCAUCUCCCAAGAAGCCGGCAUUCAUACUCCAGGGAAAAUAUUAUGAUAUGGACACCAUCACCACCGGAUCAUCAACGACCCCUUCAACAAAUCACGUGACACUAUCUACUUUGAUAGCUCGUUGACACAUGUAUGGCUUCUGUAUUAA